ACAUGGACUGAUUAGAUUUUUGUAGGAAUAUUAUCAUGUUGCUUACUCAAUUUUGUUAAAAUAAAAAUAUUGUUACUUUAAAUAUCUGUUGUUUUAAUCUUAUUUUAUUCAUAAAAAAAAAUAUUAUUUUCUCAGUUGAAAUUUGAAUUUUGCCCAGUCAAAAUUCAAAUUUGAAUUUUGACUGGUCAAAUUUUAAAUUUGACUGAAUUUGAAUUUUGACCGUAACAUAUAUAUAUAUGAUUGGAAGAGAAAGAAUUAAACCAAAACAAUGAGCACACACAAUGAAGUUUUCAUCUUUUUCUUUGAUCAGAAAAAGGAAAUUGGUUGUUUUUAAAAUUAGAAAAGGUGAUAGUAAUGAUGGUUUUAAUGGAAAUCAAGGCAAUAAUGAUUGUGAUAGAGAGGAAUGGAAUGAUAAAAGGUUUAAAUACAAUAUCAUCUUGAUGAAUAAUACAAAUUGUCAUCAAAAACGCAAACAGCUAAUUAGAAAAUAUUUACAAAUUUCUAUUAAUCUUUAUGAUAAAUGUUAUUUGAAUAAUGUUAGCGUUAAUAUUGAUAAUCAACAGGCAUUUACAAGAUUUCUUGAUGCUGGUAUGACAUAUUCAUUUUAUGCUCAUCAAUAG